UUUUCCGCGCCAAACUCCAAAGCCGGGAGGCGUAAAAAAAGUAACUUUUGCGCGGGCUGUCGUGACUGCUGGGUCGUCUCUCUUUCCUAUACCUGGUGCCUUUCCGGCUUUUACAAAACAUACACCUGUAUAUGGAUUCGUAAUUUAUUUUCCUUGUCGCGUAAGCUCUGCAUCUUAAACCAGAAGCCUCUGGAGCAAUUUAAGUGCAUUUUAUUUGGUGUUUUAUUUGAUUAUUUGAAAAAAGGCGGACUUUCUCCCCCUCCUCCUCGCUGCAAGAGAUCAGAGAGAAAGCAAAGGUUCGUUUUAUUAAAAAAGAGAUACCGCCACAAUGUGGAUCCAAGUGCGCACCAUGGAUGGGAAGGAGACGCAUCGGGUAGACUCUCUUUCCAAGCUCACCAAAGUGGAAGACCUCCGGCAGAAGAUACAUGAAGUGUUCGGGGUGGCACCGGAUAGACAAAGGCUCUUCUACAGAGGCAAACAGAUGGAAGAUGGCCAUUCCCUUUUUGAUUACAGUGUUGGCUUGAACGAGAUCGUCCAGCUGCUGGUGAGGCAAAGCCCGGCCAUCCUGCCUCUGGUGAACAAAGAGAGGGACUCUGAACUUUCAGACACAGACUCUGGCUGUGGCUCAGGCCAAAGUGAAUCUGAUAAAAGCUCCAACAAUGGGGAAGGGUCUGUGGAGAUGGAGGGGCAACCCAGCACGACUGCUCAGGCUGACCUGGUGGACCCUGGUUUUGGAUUCUACAAGAUCAACGAGCUGGUGGACGCCCGUGACACGAGUAUGGGGGCCUGGUUUGAAGCUCAGGUUGUGAAUGUGACCCAGAGAGGGAAGGCUGCCAGCAAGACUGGUGAGAGCGACGAGGAAUCCGAUCUGCAAGACAGCAUUGCUGAAGAGGAUAUUGUGUAUCACGUGAAGUACGAAGACUAUCCAGAGAAUGGGGUUAUCCAGCUGAGCUCCAAAGAUGUGCGUGCUCGUGCCAGAACGAUUCUGAAGUGGGAGGAGCUGGAAAUAGGGGAUGUCGUCAUGUUGAACUACAAUCCCGACGAUCCAAAGGAGAGGGGAUUUUGGUAUGAUGCAAAGAUCCUGCAAAAGCGUGAAACCAGAACGUACAAAGAAUUGUAUGCCAAGAUAGUUCUUGGAGAUGCUGGGGAUACUCUGAAUGACUGCCGGAUUACUCUUGUGGAAGAGAUCUACAAGAUUGAAGAACCUGGAUGUGCAGUUCCACUUACCUCUGAAAGCCCGCUAAAAAGGCAGAGCGGACCAGUGUGCAAACACUGUAAAGACAACCCUAACAAGACAUGUCGGAUGUGUGCCUGUCAUGUGUGUGGAGGGAAAGCAGAUCCCGAGAAACAGCUAAUGUGUGACGAAUGCGACAUGGCUUUCCACAUCUACUGUCUCAACCCACCUCUUAGCAGGAUACCAGAUGAUGAAGACUGGUAUUGCCCUGAAUGUCGCAAUGAUGUAAGUGAAGUGGUUUUGGCUGGUGAGAAGUUGAAAGAAAGCAAGAAGAAAGCAAAGAUGGCCUCUGCUAACUCCUCCUCUCAGCGGGACUGGGGCAAGGGCAUGGCUUGUGUGGGCCGCACAAGGGAAUGUACCAUUGUCCCAUCAAACCAUUAUGGGCCCGUCCCAGGGGUCCCCGUUGGCACCAUGUGGAAAUUCAGAGUCCAGGUGAGUGAAUUUGGCGUCCACAGGCCCCAUGUGGCAGGUAUUCAUGGCAGAAGCAACGAUGGAGCCUAUUCUCUGGUCUUGGCAGGAGGCUAUGAAGAUGAUGUGGAUCAUGGAAAUUCUUUCACCUACACGGGAAGUGGAGGCCGCGACCUUUCUGGGAACAAGCGGACGGCCGAACAGUCUUGUGACCAAAAACUCACAAAUAUGAACAGGGCUCUGGCACUGAAUUGUAGUGCUCCCAUCAACGACAAAGAAGGCGCAGAGGCCAAGGACUGGAGAGCUGGGAAGCCAGUGAGGGUGGUGCGGAAUAUGAAAGGGGGCAAGCACAGCAAAUAUGCCCCUGUGGAAGGGAACCGCUACGAUGGCAUCUAUAAGGUCGUGAAGUACUGGCCCGAGACCGGGAAGUCUGGCUACUUAGUGUGGCGUUACCUGCUCAGGAGAGAUGACGAGGAGCCAGCCCCUUGGACUAAGGAGGGGAAGGAGAGGAUGAAGAAGCUCGGCCUGACAAUGCAGUAUCCUGAAGGGUAUCUGGAAGCUGUUGCAAGUAAAGAUAAAGAAAGCAGCAAGAAAAUGGAAGAGUUUGAAACCCCAGGGCAAGGGAAGAGGAAAAGGAAAUCAGGUAAUGAUACACACCUUUCCCUCUCUCCUUCUGUUACGCCAAAGAAGACUAAAGUGGAAGCCUACAAGCUCACAGCCCAGCAGAAGGCUCUUAUUAAAGAGGAUGAAGUCAAUGCAAAGCUGUGGAACGAAGCACUAGGAGCCCUGAAGGAUGGACCGAAAUUUCUGAACAAAGUGGAAGAAACCUUUCUGUGCAUCUGCUGCCAAGAGGUGGUCUUCCGGCCCGUCACCACUGUGUGCCAACACAACGUCUGUAAGGACUGCCUGGAUCGAUCCUUCCGGGCAGAAGUGUACAGCUGCCCAGCUUGCCGUUACGAUCUUGGGAAGAACUACAUGAUGCAAGUGAACCAACCACUGCAGACGCUCCUAAUUCAGCUCUUCCCAGGCUAUGGCAAUGGACGGUGAUUCCUAAAAGCACUUCUAAUUUCAUUUUUCAUUUAAAAAAAAAACUUUUAUGGGGUUUUGGUGGGACUUUAUUUAAAUAAAUGUUUUCAAAAAAGUUUGUCUCCUAUUGUUCCCACCACUCCUGAAAACUAAAGAGGUUGAGGAACUUGCUUUUGUAUUUGGUGUUAACCCCUGUGUUAAAAAAAUAUUGACAAGAACUCAAGUUUUAGGGAAUUUUAACUUGUUUGUUAUAAAUGUGCAACUAAAUUCAACAUUUCUAAUGGGGUGGUGUUUUCUCUUUAUUAGAAAACCUAGUACAUGGUUCGGUUGCUAGAACAAUCUCCUGAAGUCUAUAUGGAUUUUGGCCAUAAAGCUUGAUGCAUUAAAAAAAAUGGGGGGGGGCAGCAUUUCUGAUGCAUCUAUGCGUUCUGAGAUGACUUUUGGCUUAGGACUUGCCACUCAGGUUGCUUGAGACCCCCUUUUUACUUUGUCUUGAAACGUUAUUGGAAUCCUUUCCUAUCAACUAUUUCUCUUAAGGGCCUUUGUGUAAAGUUACUACCUCAGUCUCUGCAUCUAUCAGCCAGGUGCUGCCUCCUACCUAUAGUGCCAUACCAGGAAAACAUAUAAAUAGCCACUUGGAAGUGCCUUUUCGGGGUUCUUUUCUUUUUUUGCUUAAAAGACUGAGCUUUGAACCAUUAAAUAAAACAAAAAAGCACUAUAAUUGUCUAAAAUGCCAAGAUUUUGUCCUUGAGAUUAUGAAACCAUAACACUGUAGCUCUAAGUCAUCAUUAGUGUUGCAUCUAGCUGUGGAUUUUUGAUACUCCAUGUAUUCUGCUAAUUUUGCAUCUUUUUGUGUGAGUUGUGCUUAGAAUGGAAAAUUAGAUGUGUAACUAUGUUUAAAUGGAAAUAAUUUUGUAUAUUCAGCAGUUAGUUGGCCCAUUGGUCAUGCCUCAACAGAACCAAAACUUUCACAGUUAAUACCUCAGCAUGAAACUGGGAUAAGGAAUUACUCUUCACACUGGACAGACUGGAACAAAUAUGCUUGUAUGUUUUUUUAAAAAACUUCUUAUACAUGUAUGAUAUUGUUUGGGAAAGUAACUUUUUUUGUCUUUUUGAAUUAUGCCACAAUUGUGUACAAAGUUCUCAAAAUAAAAGAUCUUUUUGUAUCAGA